UUAAACUAAAUCGGUUAUGGUUUGUCACUUGUAGUGAGAAGGAGUGAUAACGAGAACAACAUAGACCGUCUGUACCACUGUAUGAUCGUGUUUCUUCUCCAGGACUAAAGAUGCCGUAUAUACCAGAACGAUUCCCGCGGUACAAGGACUAUGUUAUGCCGCCCUUCCCAGCCCUGAAAAAGGAUCUGUCAGGACAAUAUGACAAAAUCAAGAACUUCGAUUCAAGAGAUUCUGACAUUCUCAUUUGUACUUUUCCUAAAUCAGGGACAAAUUGGGUUAAUGAAAUAAUCAGCAUGAUGAUGAGAGGUUCCGCCGAAUACGAUACCGUAUAUAAGCAUACAGCGAUGUUAGAAGCAUUAAACGACUUUGGAGCCCUUGAACAAAUUCCGGAGAGCACUACUCGAAUUCUUAACUCACACAUUCCUCUUGGGGAUCUGCCGCCGAAACAUAUAGAGAAUGGAUACAGGAUUGUUCACGUAAUGCGCAAUCCGAAAGAUGUAGCCGUGUCCUUUUAUAACCACAUGGCAAAUAUCAAGGAUAUGACGACGAUGAAGCCAUCUACUGACUUCCCAAUCAGUUGGCCUCUGUUUAUAGAACACUUCGGUCAGGGAGAGGAACAACUCUACGGAGGUUGGUUCAACUACGUAAAAACAUUCGAAAAGGCAAAGGAAACCGGUAAACUGUCCAACGUAUUCACGAUAUAUUACGAGCAACUAAAACAGGACCCCAUGCCCAUUCUUAAAGCCCUAGCUGCGUUCCUUGGUGUAGAGGCCUCGGAUGAACUUCUGGAGGAAAUCAAUGACAAAUGCUCGUUUCAGAAAAUGUCAACCAUUGGCGAAGAAGGGAAAGAUAACACAUUGGUAAAAAAGAUGUCAACUACAGGGAAAAACUUCCUUUUUCGGAAAGGAGAAAUUGGAGACUGGAAAAACUGGUUCACCGUGGCACAGAACGAGGCGUUUACCUCCCUCAUAGAAACACAAAUGAAAGACUCGAAAUUGAAAUUUAUUUUUGAAUGAAUAUCGGAGGUUAAGCGUCACAUUCGAUUCACAAAAUGGAUAUGUCGUCACCGUUAUUCGAUUUGGUUUGGUUUGGUUUAUUUUGUUUCAUGUCCUAGUAACAGCUAAGGUCAAGACUAGUGCAAAUAUAGAGAGGUAUUGAACACAUUUGUAACCAAAUUCAACAAAAUAAUGGCAGGAUAUAGUCCAGAAUGAGCAGGUUAUGCAAUCUAUACUCUAUGAACUGUUAUACCAGAUAUGACCUUAGCUGUUAAUAGGACGUUAAACUAAAUAAACCAAACCAAACUAGAUAUAAACCUGUGAUGAACAGGCUAUGUAAUCUAUGUUCCACGAACUGUUUAAUCAGAUAUAAACCUGUGAUGAGCAGUUAAUGUAAUUUAUGCCCAAAAUACUGUUUAAUCAGAUGUACACCUGUGAUGAACAGGUAAUGUAAUGUAUGCCAAAAAUAAUGUAUAAUUAGAUGUAAACUUGUGAUGAACAGGUUAUGUAAUGCAUGCCAAAACUCAUGUUUAAUUAGAUGUAAACUUGUGAUGAACAGGUUAUGUAAUGCAUGCCCAAAAAACUGUUUAGUUAGAUGUAAACUUGUGAUGAACAGGUUAUGUAAUGCAUGCCCAAAAAACUGUUUAGUUAGAUGUAAACUUGUGAUGAACAGGUUAUGUAAUGCAUGCCCAAAAAACUGUUUAGUUAGAUGUAAAAUUGUGAUGAACAGGUUAUGUAAUGCAUGCCCAAAAAACUGUUUAGUUGGAUGUAAACUUGUGAUGAACAGGUUAUGUAAUGCAUGCCCAAAAAACUGUUUAGUUAGAUGUAAACUUGUGAUGAACAGGUUAUGUAGUUAUGCCUCAUGAACUGUUUAAUUAGAUAUAUUUACAUUAUGUGUUGCAUUUGCCUAUAUGUCGUUAACCAAAUUGUAUUCAUGAGACUAUACUACAAUUUACAGUGAUUCGGUCAGUGUAGUAAUACAGCUCAAGAUGAUGCAGGUUAAAACAAUGGCCGUCAGCUACUUUCGGCCUAGAGAGCUUUCGAAUGCUAGCAUUUAUUUACAUAAAUCACUACAAAAAUAAAACAACUUCCCAAGUUGUAAGAGUAAUAUUUUAUGAAUUUUAAAAUAACAUGUAGUCAACACAAAAUUACUAUAAGUGCCAUUCUUGAUCUAUACGAAAUUAUCAAAUUGCCAAUGUCGUCACGCUCACAGGGCCUCGUUUCCGAAUUUUCCGAAAUGCAAUACACGAUAACAUUGAACAUUAAAAGUCCAGUAUUUAUAAGAAUAAAUCUUGUGAAAAAUUU